GUAUGUGGAAAUCGUCAGCAGUCUAGCGGUUCUUUCAUACACUGAAGAACAAGCCAAUAAUUGAGUAGAAUAUGAAUUCUUUUGUCAGUGUCGUUUUGUUCGCAGCUAUCGCCGUUAUUGGCGUAGAAAGCGCCAUAACCGAUAAGCAAGCUAUGGUAUCUUCAUCAUACGGUGGUGGCUAUGGCGGUGGCUCUUCCCCAUCCUACUCGGCUCCAGCUCCGGCGCCAGCAUCAUCAUAUGGUGGCUCCGCUCCAUCUUACUCCGCACCAGCUCCAGCACCAUCGUACUCGGCACCAGCACCUGCCCCAUCGUACUCCGCACCAGCUCCAGCGCCAGCACCCUCAUAUGGUGGCUCUGCUCCGUCGUACUCCGCACCAGCACCCGCGCCAGCACCCUCAUAUGGUGGCUCUGCUCCAUCCUACUCGGCACCAGCUCCAGCACCAUCCUACUCCGCACCAGCUCCAGCGCCAUCCUAUUCGGCACCAGCACCUGCACCAUCCUACUCGGCUCCAGCACCAGCACCAUCCUACUCAGCACCUGCUGCGCCAUCUUACUCGGCACCAGCUGCGCCAUCUUACUCAUCACCAGCUCCGGCCGCGCCAACUUACGCCGCUCCAGUCCCAGCUGCUGUAGCAUACGCCCCCCCAGCACCACCAGCACCAGCACCAUCUUAUCCUGCACCACCAUGCCCUAAAAACUAUAUCUUCAGCUGCCAACCAUCUUUGUCGCCGGUUGCUUGCAGUGCGCCCAGUAGCAGCGGUGGAUACGGUUCAGCGGCCGCUUACUCCCAAUAUGUGCCAUCACCUCGCCCAAAGCCUACGAAGCAAUACGCUGCUAAGCCCAGCUACGCAGCAAAGGCCCCGCCGAAGUCAUCUUGUGUGACAGUAUUAGGUCAACCUCACAGAUGGUAAUGAAGACAACAAGAAUUAAAUGGUCAAAGGAGGAAUAAAGGCUCUGACAAGGCAUAUCACAUACUGGACUUCUCGAAGUGUUUUCUGCUUGUACUGCUCUUUCCUGAGAAAAUAUAUGUUAAAGAAAUUUUAAA